CAGCAACCCCCCUCCCAACACUCUUUCACGGAAUCAACACCUCUCAAACCCUCAACCAGACCCGUCCUCAAAAUGCCUGGCUGGAUCCCCAAGAAGUUUCCCGGCAAAGUUGCCGAACCCAUGAUCCCUUUCUACGCGGCGGGCGUCAUCGUUCUGUACGCAAUCAAUGCCGGCGCCAACGCCAUGAUGGCUUCGGACGAGUACAAGAACGAUCCUCGGAACCCAAACGCAAAGCCUAACCCGAAGGCGACGUAAAGAACCGACCAUUGAAAACGUCGUUGGUUCUACAUCAUCUGUGCUACCCUAUGCCGAUUCAAACGAUGGGUCGAUCGGGAAUGCGGUGGUGGAGGUAUACAAAGCUGCCCGAAUCAAAGUGUACAUAUUACAAGCAUAGAAGAGAUCCGUCCAGUGGAACAAUGGAAUGAAAAAGUCGGAAAACCAAAAA